AAAUAUAAUUAUCUGACAUACAUUUAGUAACAAUAUAAAGGAAUAAAACGCUUAUAUAAUAAUUAUAAACAGACAACAAUAUUAUAAAUAAAAAACCAUUGGUCAUGCUUUUGCAUUAACUUAUGAUUAAUGAAACUAGUGAUCAUUAAAUCGUGAUGAUAUGAAGCUUGUUUAGACAAAUAUUAUAUAUAAUUGUGAAAAGCCGCAUGCGCGACCGCAGAAUUAGUCUUACAACAUUUCUAACUACAGAAUGUACUAUUGACUUCAUCAUUAAGAUCCUUUCUACAACACUUUUUCUGCUUGUGUGCGUAAUUCAAUACAAUUGUUUCUGGAUUAACACGCGUGCCGUAAGACAUGUAUUGGAAAACCUUCUGUACAUCUGCAGCAAAUUACACGACAAAAACGAAAUUGCUAUAAUAAAAAAAUAUGGAUACAUUGCAAAAUGUGUUGCCAUUGGAUUUAUAUUUUUGGCGAUAUGCGGUAUAAUCACCUUUUCCCUUUUGCCAAUACUGCCGCAAAUUUUUGGCAUCUUUUAUCUCGUAAAUAAAUCUGAGCCAUAUCGCAAUAUUUAUAUCACGACUGAAUAUUUUGUCGAUCAAGAAAAAAAUUUUUAUUUUAUUUUUCUGCAUCUGUAUUUAUCCCAUUACAUAGCAGUGAGUACGUUAGUAGGAACAGGAAUAUUGAUCACAGGAUACUUUAUACAUUUUUGUGGAUUAUUUAACGUUGCUAGUUACCGUAUGCAGCAGGUAAUGCGAAGGAACAGUCACGAAUUAAUUUAUCGGAAACACAAGAGCGAGAUCGAGAAGAAGAUAAGUCAUGCAGUCGACAUCCAUCGCGCUACUAUUAAUAUCAUUGAAUUCUUUCUAUACAACUUCGAGGGGACAUUCAUUCUUGUAACGGCGAUUAUUGUAAUUUGCUUGAGCCUUCAUCUGUUUGGAAUUUAUCAAGCCGCUAUAUUUGAGAAAAGCAUAGAAGAAUUUUUAUUACACUUUGGUUUUACGUCUGCUAUUUUGUUACAUUCAUUUGCAGCCAAUUAUGUUGGUCAAGCAAUUACAGAUCAUUAUAAUAACAUAUUUUCUAAUGCAUAUAACGUUAAAUGGUACACCGCAUCUGUACGCGUACAAAGACUGAUACUGAUUCUUUUGCAAAUAUCUGCUAAACCUUAUGGCCUAAACGUCAGUGGUCUUUUUAUAACAUCUUUAGAAAACUUUGCCUCGGUAAAAUUGUAUCAUGUGUCAGUAGCUACAUAUAACAUACAUAAUAUAUGUAUAUUCUAAAAUGACGCCUCCAUUGCAGCUAUCAAGUGUGUCAAUGUCGUAUUUCACUAUUUUAUAUUCCAUACAAAAGUGAUAUUAGUCAAAUGUCCGAUAGUAUAAUGAUUAAAUAACUGGCGGAAACUGUCAGCAAAUAAAUAAAUAGAAUGUGAUAGCUUCACUAUUUUUUAAAUCUAAUAGCGUUGCAUGUAACUUCAAGAUGUAUCCAGAAAUACACAAUAAAAUUGGUUCAAUUU